GUGGAAACCAAGCUCCUCUGUUUCCCUUCACCAUCUCACUGGGCAGGUGCAGGAGCUGCUCCUACCCCAAAUUCCUGUUCAACACUAAACUCUGUGUCUCUAACUGGGAACACACAGCACUAAAGGGCUGCAAGAGGGGAGGGCAAAUAAUGCUGGGCUGAAAGCAGGGUCAGCUGUUGAGGGUCCCUUUUCCAGGGCUGGCAGAUCUAUUUUGUGAAGCCAGAAGAUCAAACAACCACUUACCCUGGAAUGGUUCUAGGGAGGGGAAGAGAGCACCAGAGACUUAAACAGCACAGUAAACUCACAUGUGAGAAGGUCAGGCUGACCUCUUCCAUGACCAAAACCCCUGGGGUCUUCACACCUCAGCCAUCCCUGGGCUUCACCCUGCAGUGCAGUGGAGCUCGUGCUUAAUUCCCAUCAUCAGGAACCUGCAAAAAGCACAGCAGGGGCUGCUGAGAGGCCUGGAUCCUUGUGCCUGUGGAAGGGAGCUGUGUGCUGCCCAUGGAGCUCUUGGCUUGCAGGUAGGGAGGGCACUGCCCCUACACAGCUGAUGUGAGCACACAUUUGCAGUAAGCCUGAAGAGCAGCAGCAUUGAUUUUGGAAGGGUGAUGGGGUUCCAUGUCCACCCACCCUGUGCUGCUGAGCUGCUGCCCUGCCCCUGCCAAGACAGGCCUUGGAGGAAGGAAGGGCUCUGGAUCAGCCCUGUCCCACCCCAGCCAGUGACUUCCCACCAUCCUACCUGGGCCCCUGGGGCUCUUCUGGCACAGCUGCAGUGAAAGGUGACCAUGGGGGUCACCAGCAUGGGAGGAGCCCUGCAAGGGUAAGGACCACAGCAACUGCAGCUGAACAGGCAGGGAAAGGUCAGAGAUAGGGAGAAAGGCCUGUCAGUGUCAGAGGGCAGGAUAAGAUGAAGAGGAAGGAAAGGGUCUGACAGGAUCAUAGAAUCCCAGAAUGGUUUGGGUUGGAAGGUACUUAAAACUCAUCUAGUUCCACCCCCUGCCAUGGGGAAGGAUGCCUUCCACUAUCCCAGGCCUUGUCCAGCGUAGGCUGGGACACUUCCAGGGAUCCAGGGGCAGCCACAGUUCCUCUGGGCAGCCUCCUCAGGGCCUCACCACCUUCACAAUGCAAAUUUCUUCCCAAUAUCCCCAUCUAUCCCUGCCCUCUGUCAGUUUGAUGCCCUUCUCCCUUGUCCUGUCACUCCAGCCCCUCCAGCUCUCCUGGAGCCCCUUUAGGCACUGGAAGGGGCUCUGAGAUCUCCACAGUUUUCUCUUUUCUAGGCUGAACAAUCCCAGCUCUCCCAGCCUUUCCUCCCAGCAGAGCUGCUCCAUCCCUCUGCUCAUCCUGGAGCCUCCCCUGGGCUCUCCCCAGCAGCUCCAGGUCCCUCCUGUGCUGGGCCCAGGGCUGGGCCAGCUCUGCAGGUGGGGUCUCACCUGAGCACAGGGGCACAGGGGCAGAACCCUGUCCUAGGCUGGGGGAAGGCUGCACAAGGGACCUGCCCAGGGCCUCCCGGAGAGACUGGACCUGCCCACACACUUGAGCUCCCUUGGGGAGGGGGUCUUUAACCACCCCACCCACCCUCUCCCGGCUGCCGGACUCUGACCUGGCUCGGAGGACGCGGGGAUUUCACCAUCGACCCGCAGCUCUCCUCCCCAUAAUCAGUGACUCAUCUGGGCUUGGGAGCAGCCACGGAUCACCCACUAACCUGAGCCACCAGCUGCUCUUCCCCACCAGCAGCUCCCCGAGCCAGCCAAAGCCGGUGGAAAAGGAGCUCGGUCCCUCUAUCCCACGUCCUCCCCAGCAGAGUGGCACGGGCAGGAUGCUGGCACAGCCAGACGUGCUGCCAAGGAGGAACCCAGCACAGGAGAUGCAGCACAGGAGCUGCAGCUCGGCUCCUGAUGCGGAGCCAAAAGGGCUUUUCCAGCUCCAUUUGGGAUGGGGCUCAUUGCCACGGGAGCGCAGGGACAGGACGGGUGUAGUCCCCUCUCCCUCGCAGCCCAGGAGCGCUGCCAAGAGCCCGCAGUGUCCCGGGAACGCGUGACUCACGGCGGCCCGGGCCGCGCUAUAUUUAAGCAUUACGGAGGCAGGAAUGAAUGCACGCAGGCAGGAGCUGCCUAUGCCGAGGUCAGCGCCAGGUUCAGGGAGCAGUUGUCAGAGUUCACCACCGUGGCAAAAAGCAUCUGCACCCCUUAAAUCUUCAGAGAGAGAAAAGCUGGCGCAGGGAAGGAGUUUUGGUAACUGCAGUGGGUCGAAGGCAGGCCAGAGAACCCGCGGGGUCCCACUGUGCACAUCCACUGCUGCAGCUGCUGAGCCACUCCCCGAGGGAAAACUGGAGGUCACUUUUAUCCAAUCCUACAUUUUUCCUGCUCUUCAGAUCUUGCAGUCUGGGUGCAACCGAGAUAUUUGCAGCUGGAAUGAAAAGCUCUCAGGAGAUUGGCUCGGGGAGGGAAGGAAGGAAGGAAACAGACGGAAGGAAGGAAGGAGAGUGGCUCAUCCCUGGGGCAGGGCAAAGGGGCUGCCACGUUUUGGAAAAGCAGUUAAACAGCUUUUUACUCACCAACCUUUGCUUCGGGACUAGUGACUAACAGGCAAGUUUCUGACUCCUCUUUACCCAGGCUCUGCCCUCUGCCAGCUGCUCCCUCCCCGCCCUGUUCAGCUUUCCCAAUUCCAAUACAUUUUGCAAACAGCCUGGGUGCUCCAGAGCCACCAGCUCCAGGCUGCAUGCCCUGCUCAUGUCACAUUCCCUGUGGUUUGCCUCCUCUGCAGUCCUGCCAGCAUUUUUUCCCUCUUUCUCUGCCUUCAGCAGCACAUGAAUCAGUCAGCAGGGACCGAGGGAUGACAAAGAAAGCUGUGUUCUGAAACUGCCUCCAGAACAACCCUAAAAGGCUCUACAUAAAAGCAGGACACCAGGCACAGACACCCAGAGGCUCUUACACAUUUCCAAGCUAGUCCCCAAUAGCUGGUUUGCUCUUUUUUGCAUUAAUUUCUGCCAGGCAGUUGGCAAAGGCUGGGAGCACUGGGACUGUGAACUGGAGUGUCAGGCAGGGCGGGGACUGAACCAGCAGAGACACCAAAGGCUCCACUCACUGCAGGACACAGUGUGGGACUCUUGAAUCCAGUUUGCCCUGCACCGGGGCACUGACAACAAAUUCCAGGGACCAUUUCCACCCAUGACUGACAGAGCAGUCCCCAGCAUGGUCUGAACAACAGGAGAGGCCCAAGCCCUCCAGUGCUCCUGCAGGGAAGUCCUCACUUCCCCAGCACCCCCUCUGCCGUGUGCCAGGGGUGACAGAGAUGUCACAAAAGGCUUACUUGAGGCAAGGAUUGGACUAUUCCCAAGCUGCCAACCUCCCUUUCCCAGUGUUCUCUGCAUCUGGGUUUAUUUCCCCAAAGGCAAAGCUGGUUUGAGGUUCCCCGGGGAGCUCCUGCACUCCUAAGUGUCCCCUCACCCAAAAGUCAGCCCUGGCAGACUGGGCCUCAGAACAGGUGGAACAAGCAGGCAGCAGCUGCCUCUGGCUCCACACCAUUGCACAGCAGAGGCACUAACCAGCUUGUUUGCUCCCUUCCCCACUUCUCUGACUUACCUGAGAAACCAAGACUUGGCUGUGGUUCCUCCUCCUUAUCCCAUGUCUGGAGCUGAUCACCCAGGGCCACGUGCAGAGACACAGGCAGUGCCAUGGAGCUCUGGCCCUUCAGAAGCAGCAAUGCAGUGGGGCUAAACCUCCUGCAAAGCAAUAAAAUGCCAGAAUUUGCAUUUGUGUUUGGCAUAGAUUUGAAAUGCCUGCAGCCCAGCUCCUCCUGAGAGACAGUGCUGUGCUGGGGCACAUCUGAAAAGCUUUCUAAGAGCAGCCAGAACCUUCCCACACCAUUUCCUUUCUCUAUUCUUCACGAGUGCUUUGCUUUGUCUUUUGCUGUUGGUGUUCAUUUGGUUGCUUUCUUUUCAAUGAGUAACUAUGAACUCUCCACCAGCUGGGCAGGCCCCUAGGUCCUGGCAGGCCUGUCCCACUCCAGAGCCAGGAGGGGCUGCUGCCCCUCAACCCAUUCCCUGGCUCAGGUCUCAGUGCCAACCUUUCCUCCUGGGUCACCUGUGCUACAGGUUUAAUUUACAUUACACAGGAGCUGUAACAACCAGCCCUAUAACAUCAGCCACAUCAAAGGCAGUACUCACCUACCACACUGAUCCUGGAACUGGAGGUGAUGCCAAGGAAUGCCCUGAAUGUAGUGUUUGGCCCAAACUUCUCCAAGCUGCUGGAUCAACCCCUCCGAGGCUCCAUGGGCCCCUGGGAUCUGCUAGGAGCAAAACACCCAGCAGCCAGGCUGGGUGGAGCUCUCAUCCCACCUCUCCCUGUGCCCAGGAGGCCUGGGGAAAAGGCAAGGGUUGCUCCUCAGCCUGCCUGAGCAGCAGAAAUUUUGGACAGAGAGAUGCUCUUCACGUCCCAGCAGGCUGGCGAGGGAGUGCAGGGUCCUGGGGGGACAGACCCCGCUCAGGGGUGAGGCAGGGGUGUCCCCCCCCAGCCAUGGGGACCGAGCGUGUCCCAGCGGGAUUGUGCAAACUCCCAGCUCAGGGAGCUGAACUCGCUCCGUAUCUCGGCGCUGCACUUUGCACCCCGGCUGCCGUGACCUCACGCCGGCUGCCCGGGCAGCGUUUAAAGUCCAGGCAGAGCGGUGCCGCUGCCUCCUGCCCAGAGCAGCUCAUCCCCGCCGCUGCUGCCCCUCUGCCCGCCCGGGGCUCGGGCUCGGCCCUGAGCAUGCGGCUGCUGCUGGGGGCAGCGCUCCUGUGCCUCAGCCUGCGCCUGGGGCACGGCUCCGAGGAGGCAGCGCCCGACAGCCCCGGCCAGGACUCCCAGGCAGGGUCAUCCUAUUCCGACUGGGGCAUCGACACCAUCCGGGACGGCUUUGAAGCGGUGAACAGCUACUUCGACUCCUUCUUGGAACUGCUCGGGGGGAAAAACGGAGUCUGUCAGUACCGCUGUCGAUAUGGGAAGGCUCCCAUGCCACGGCCUCACUACAAACCCCAAGAACCCAAUGGCUGUAGCUCCCAUUUUCUGGGGCUCAAGGUACCUGAAAGUCUAGACCUGGGCAUCCCUGCCAUGACCAAGUGCUGUAACCAGCUGGAUGUUUGCUAUGACACCUGUGGGGCCAACAAGUACCGCUGCGACGCCAAGUUCCGCUGGUGCCUCCACUCCAUCUGCUCCGACCUCAAGCGCAGCCUGGGCUUCGUCUCCAAGGUGCAAGCCUGUGAAUCCAUGGCAGACACCGUGUUCAAUGCUGUCUGGACCCUGGGCUGCCGGCCCUUCAUGAACAGCCAGAGGAGUGCCUGCAUUUGCAGCGAGGAGGAGCGCGAUGAGCUGUGAGCAAGAGCAGCCUGCCAGUGUCUGUGAGCCCCUCUGCAGCACAGAGACUCCUGUCAGCCCUAGGGACGGGCACCUGAGCUGCUGCCAGAGCCCCUCUGCAGCACAGAGACUCCUGUCAGCCCUAGGGACGGACACCUGAGCUGCUGCCAGAGCCCCUCUGCAGCACAGAGACUCCUCUCAGCUCCUGGGCACCUGAGCUGCUGCCAGAGCCCCUCUGCAGCACAGAGACUCCUGUCAGCCCUAGGGAUGGACACCUGAGCUGCUGCCAGAGCCCCUCUGCAGCACAGAGACUCCUCUCAGCUCCUGGGCACCUGAGCUGCUGCCAGAGCCCCUCUGCAGCACAGAGACUCCUGUCAGCCCUAGGGAUGGACACCUGAGCUGCUGCCAGAGCCCCUCUGCAGCACAGAGACUCCUGUCAGCCCUAGGGAUGGGCACCUGAGCUGCUGCCAGAGCCCCUCUGCAGCACAGAGACUCCUCUCAGCUCCUGGGCACCUGGGCCAAGGCAUCCACAACAGCCUUGGGGCAGGGCAGGGCAGAGCCAGCCCAUGGACAGAGGGCAGCCAUGCCUGCUGCCCGCUGCAGAUGCAGCUCCACAGCCCCACUGCUCCUCCCCAAGCCCACAGGAUCCCAUGCCAGCUCUCUCCAAGGCAAGCAGGAUGCAGUGCUGCUUAUAAACACAGGACUUACCUUAAAUACAUGCUAUUACCUCCCCCCACCCUGUAACUCUCUAAUUUGCAGUGCAAGGCAGUAGGUUUCUGCAAGCCCUGUGAAAUUCCCAGUGCAUGGAUAUGCUGUGUACAUUUUUGCCCCCCUGGUGACAGACUGAAGAGGGGUAAUUUGCUUUCAGUGCAUUGCUCACACCCCUGACACUUUCCAUCCUGUCAUUAUACGCCCUGACAACCCUGCAUAUUUAAGUACCUGGUGGACCCUAAACUGAUUUAAGACAUCUGGAGAUUGCUUAAGCAUGAGUUAAGGAGAAGGGCUUGACGUGUUUGUGGGACACAAUUGAUAUUCAGGACCAAAGCCCACCAUUAAUCAGAUGUGAAAUCACAGCCCUCUCCCCCAGUCUCAGCAGAGGAAGCCACGUUUCUUCUGCCAGUGCCAUCCACAUCUAUUUAAUUACUUUUCUUCUGUAGCAUUUAACAAAGCUUUGCCCUUAGGAUCCCUCUUCACACAAAAUGGCUGGGUAUCCACCUCCAUCUCUUGCACAAGCCAAACAGGAGGCUCACAGUGGCCUUGGAUGAGAUAUUCCAAAUUCUGGAGCCUUAUCUGUCAGGUGACAGGACUUAUGUGCUACCUCUGUGGGGCUGCUAUCAGCAGCCUCAGACAUCAUUCCUUCUAAAACGUGGUUAAUACUCCCAUCUGUUAUGGGGAGCUCUUGUUGCAUGCAAAACCAGAAUUUAAAGUGGUGCAUGGCAUUUUGCCUCCACAGAACAUUGGCAGACAGCUUUCAGCUGGGUUUCUUGUUGGAAGGAAGUUGCUACUGGGUGUGUGCGUGCCAUGCCACGUAAAUAUUUCAGCAGCUCCUGCAAACAUAUUUAUGGUUAUGUUCUUCCAUCUGCCACAGAGAAGUUAAGGCUGCGAAAGGGUGAUUUAACAAGAGCAGAAAGAGUCUGUCUUGGUUGCUUUUCUUCCAGUUUAAAUGGGUUUUAAAUGUAUGCAUGGAGCUAUAAAUUAUUUAAGCCCUGUUCCUGUCCAGCCAGUCAUCUUUGCCUUACAGUGAACAGCAGUGAGACGUUCAGCUGGCCCCAAGUGGGCUGGAACAACAAGAGCCCCCUGGGAUCCAGACCAGGAAAAUGGAAGUGACUGCAUGGGGUGUGCUGGGAUGUUUUCCACCACAGAGGACUUCAACACUGCUCAGAUGUAAUGACAGCCUUUCCUAGCUGGGCUAAUGCCACUGGAGAGGGAAUUCUGUUUUGCAAGGCUCACUGCUCUGUCAGAGCAUGAGGCUGGACAGACAACCUUGAUUAUCCAGCUAAGAAACACCUACUUUUGGCUAGAGAUAGGAAGGAGACAUUCCUCAUUCCAGACACUGCCCAAACUUUGUAUUUUGUUGGUGAAAUAGUGCUUGUGGCCAGUUUAAAUGUGAACCUACUCCUAUGAUUAAAUGACAAAAAAGAAGUUAAAAUAGCUAUAUUGUCUACGUUCAGUAGCCGACUGCAUGGCAAAUAUCUUAAAUUAUCUUAUAGUUCAAAUGAUACCAGAUUAAAGCCAAGCAACUGCUGGCAGGUGAUGACAUACACUGGAGAAAUCCAAGGGCUCUGAACAAAAUCUCUGCACCCAGACACUGAUGUGCUGGAGAUGUCACCAACAUAAAUAAUCAUUUCUCCCUGCUUUCAGACCACCAUUCAUCCCAAAACCCUAGAGACUGCUGCAAGCAGGCCAGCUACUGAGUAAGUUCAUUUUUCACUGUGCUAAUCUGAAAAACCCCACCAGCAGCUCUGCAUGGAAAUAUUUGAACCUUCAAGUGGUGUCAGUGACUCUGGCAAAGCAGCAGAUAAUCCUGUGCAGCAAACCAGCACAUGAACCCAGUAAAACUGCAACCAAACUAAAAACUGCUUCCCCUCUGUGCCACUCCUGCUAUCCAGUGAUGUACAGCCAUGGAAGCAGCUGAUCACAGCAUUCUCCAGGUUGCUGCAUGAAUCUUGGGUCAUCUUCAAUUCCACCCUGCUCUGGACACAAAGACACUGCUUUGCUCAUCCCGUGGCUUCCUCUUGACUUUGUGCAUUGGCAGGAUUGUUUUCAGCUGCAGAGUGGAAAAGCUGCUUCACAGGAAUUCAUCAGGAAGAACCAAAUAAUGAGCACAAUAACUGAAAUAAGCCAAGAAAGGAACUUCUCCCUCCAUCACUCCCCCUACAUCUUUUCUAUAUAAACAAACAAGAGCAGUUGAUUCUCCAGAAGGCACCAGAUAAUUAAUUUCAUUUCCCAGCUCUUGUUUUAUCAAAACAAAUAUAUUUAGUGGAGGCUGCCUGAACAAAGAAGUGACAGUGGGAAACUGCCCCUGUGGUCCUAAUGCAGAUGUGAAUCAGCAGAACAGCAAUCCUAGGAGAAGCCUUUUUCCUUUCUUUUUCUUUCACAUAUGGUUGGAUAACACAUGAAGAAUGUCUUUCCAUUUAUAGCUACUUAUCAUCAUAGAAAUAAUUUUGUUUACUCUAACACACACACAUACACACACAUGUGUAUUUCCAAGAUUAAAAAAGCAGCCAUGAAGCUAUUUUAAAAAAUUAUUAAACUAUCAGCCAUUAAAAGUUCAUUCCUCACUGGAAUCUCACUUGCCAGAACAAAUAAAUCUGUGAAAUAGGUUGAAAUGUU